UCAGUCUCAGUUAUCACCGAACUCUAGGAGGCAGCCUCACCACAUGCGUCGUCGUCGUUGUUGCCGCGCUUCACGGAGUCAGUGAGUGAAAGAAACGCCGGCGACCUGAUAAGACAACUCUACACAGUCUUCGGGGGACUCUUCGGUACGGGCUGGCUGGUGCGCAAUCGAUAAGAACGGAAAGCAUAAUUUCUUCGUUUGAGCCUACUUGGAUGGACACCACCACUACUAGGCUAAGCCAGCAGCGUACUCAAGUUUGGAACUGAUAAAAUAUAGACGGCUAGUGUGCGUUGUUUGAAGAAGCGUCCGUCCGUUGUGUAUUCCUUAUUUUUUUUAUUAAUACACAUGUUAUUCUAAGUGAAAAAAUAUAUUUUCUGUCUUGUUCGGGUUCAGAUGUGCGAUAGGGACUUUUGAGUGUCAUCGGUUUGUAAGUGAUUAGCGGUGAAGCCUCGCUCAUCAGUUGCUAAUCGAACGUUCCUCCGUACGGAUCUCCACUGGGAAUAAGCAGGCAGAAAGUUUACUCUUAGGCUUAGUCCCGCAUCGAAGCUGAGUUCAGUUGCAUAGUUUUGAAAGUUGUCCAGCAACAAUCCAGAAAAAUGACCCACAAAUUCGACAUCGAUACCGAUCCGCCAACCCCUGAGCUGCUGGAGAUAGCCCGGAAGGAACUUCGAGAGACACCGGAAGUGCGCGAAGCAUCGAUCAAGGAACUGCGCAGUCUGCUGAAGGAGGCCACCGAUUUGCACUACAAAGAUGACGACGAGUUCCUCCUGAUUUUCCUGCGCCCAUGCCACUUCUACCCGGAGAGUGCAAUCAAAAUGAUGCGUCGCAUUGCCGAGUUCAAAAAGAACUACAACAAUCUGCUGCAUAACCUGAUGCCAGAGGACGAAAAGCGCGCCUUCACCGAACACAACGUGGUCAACGUACUGGCGAACCGGGAUCAGAAAGGCCGCCGUGUGCUGUUGGUCAACUGCGGUCAACUGUGGGACCCCAAACAGGUCAGCUCCGAGCAGCUGUUCCGCCUGUUCUACCUCAUCCACUUGAUCGCCCAGCUGGAGCCGGAAACUCAGAUCAACGGAGCCGUGGUCAUCAUGGACUUUGAUGGGCUUUCGUUGAAACAGGUCAAGGCGCUGUCGCCGUGGUUCUCCAAACUGCUGCUGACGUUCAUCCAGGAGGCUCUACCUUUGCGGCUGAAGGAGGUUCACAUCAUCAAGCAACCUUUUAUUUUCAAGAUGGUGUGGGCUCUGUUUACGCCAUUCAUCAAGGAGAAACUCAAUAAGCGGAUGUUCUUCCACGGUGGCGAUAUGAAGAAAUUCCACCAGUACGUUAGCCCGGAUGUGCUGCCGAAGAACUACGGCGGAAGUUUGCCUGAGAUCGACUACGCCGGCAAGGAUUGGUUCCCAUGCGUCGGGAAGUACGUGGACCACAUCAGCCGCUACAACGAGUGCGGUUUUGCUGCCAAGACUGAAUAGGAUGAGACCGAAGUUACCAUUCCAAAGAGCAAAGACUUUCCGAGAUGACAAACAUGAACAUAUGCGGGUACAGCAUGUUAAUGCUAGAAGAAAGUUGUACUUUAAGGAGAAAUGAAAAUUGUGUUCUUAUGACGAAAGUUCAAAGAUUUUAUUCUAUGUUAUGUUGUCUAGUACAAGUUGUUUGCAUGAGAUAUUUUGAUACCGUACCUUAUCGAAUGUUCAGGAAUUCUCCUUAAUAAUAUCAAUUCAGUUUACUAUACUCUUGCCAUUGUUAAUUACCAAAUAUGUUUUAAUAAACUUGACAUUCCAAGAACAA